AUGGCGGACAGUGUGCGGACGUCGGUGCGUGGCGUGCACACGCAGGAUGCGCUUCCGCGCUUCAAUGCAGUGCGCCCGGCGCACCUGCGCGAUACGAUCAGCGUGCGCGCGCUCGAGGUGCGCAUGACCGCCGGCCUCGACGGGUGGGGCCGUGCGAUUCCGCAGCCGGUGCGCAUCGACGCGGUGCUGCGCACGGAUGUUGAAAAGGCGGGGCACAGCGACCAUCUGCCCUACUCACUGAACUAUGGCGAGGUGUACCGCGCGCUGGAGCGGCACUGCCGCGAGCACGCGUACAAGAACGUCGGCCAGCUGGCGCAUGCGCUCGCCGGCGUGUGCGUGCAGGAGUGCCGCGCGCCGUGGGCCGAGGUAAGUGUGCGCCUGCCGCGUGCGCUGCUCCAGGCGCGGUACGCGACGAUGCGCGUCGCGCGCGACGCACGCGACUUUCCCCACGUCGAUCCCGCGCACGCCGCGUGCGACCGGCUGGAAAUCGAGGCGCUCGAGGUGUUUGCGAUCCUCGGCGUGAACCCAUGGGAGCGCGAUACGAAGCAGCGCCUCUUUAUUCACCUCGCCAUCGCCCACGGGCUUGCGCUGGACGAGCAGCCAAAGUACGAGGCCAUGGUGCGUGCAGUGACCGCAUUCGUCGAGGCGUCGUCCUACCAGACGGUCGAGAGCCUCGCGACCCAUAUUGCGCGUGUCAUUAUUGUCGAGCACGGCGCCGCACAGGUCGCGGUGCGCGUAGAAAAGCCGAGUGCGAUCGUCUAUGCCGAGUGCGCGAGCGUCGAGGUGGUGCGCGACCGCGCCUUUUUUGGCGUGCCGGCGCCGGUGCCGGCGGCGGCGAGCGAUUGGCACAGCGCCGCGCUCGCGCUGGGGUCCAAUUUGGGCGACCGCCUGGCGUACAUCGAGGCGGCGCUGCAGCUCCUCGAUGCCCACAACGACGUGCGUGUCGUCGACACGAGUUUCCUGUACGAGACGCAGCCGAUGUACUACAGCGACCAGCCCAACUUUUUGAAUGGGGCGUGCCGAAUCCUCACGCGCCUCGCGCCGCACGACCUCCUCGCGCUCACACAAUCGAUCGAGACGCAGGUCGGGCGCACCAAGGCCAAUGUCCCGCGCAACGGGCCGCGUGUCGUGGACCUCGACAUGCUCUUGUACGAUAAUGCAGAGGUCGCUGACGGCGAGCAUCUCGUCGUGCCGCAUCCCCGCAUCGCCGAGCGUGCCUUUGUCCUGCUGCCGCUCUGUGACAUUCUGCCGACGACGACGCACCCCGUGCUGCAGCGCACGAUGCAGCAGCUCUUGCAUACCCUCACGCACACGGACGCCUACCAAGGCAACGAGAUCUGCCGCGUGCUGCCCUUUGGACGCCACGAGUGGCAGUGGGGCAAAAAGACGCACGUCAUGGGCAUCCUCAACGCCACGCCGAACUCGUUCUCUGACGGCGGCGACCACCUCGACGUGCGCGCCGCGCUCGAGGCGGCGCGCGCAAUGGUCCAGCGCGGCGCCGACCUGCUGGAUGUCGGCGGCCUAAGCACCGCGCCCAACGCGCCCGAAAUCCCAGAAGAAGAGGAGGCGGCGCGGGUCGUGGCUGUGGUCCGCGCCCUCGCGUCCGACCCGGUGACGGAAGCCAUCCCGAUCUCGAUCGACACGUACCGCGCGUCGGUGGCCGCACAAGCGCUCGAUGCGGGCGCGCACAUGAUCAACGACGUGAGCGGCGGCCAGCGCGAUCCGGCGAUGCUCGCGCUCAUCGCCGAGCGCAAGUGCCCGUAUAUCCUGAUGCACAUGCGCGGCGACACGCACACCAUGACCAAGCUCACGGACUACCAAGGCGACGUGCCGGGGCACGUCGCCUUGGAGCUGCGUGAGCGCCUCGAGGCCGCGCUGCGCGCCGGCAUCCGGCGCUGGAACAUUGUCCUGGACCCCGGCAUCGGGUUCGCCAAGGACGGCGCAGGGAACAUUGCGCUCCUGCGCCACCUCCCCCAGCUCGUGGGGCCGCACGGCACGCGGGGCGGCGUCGACGUCGACGCGCCGUACACGAGCCACGCGGCACCGACGGCAGACGACACGCCGCACGCGUCCCUGGCGCACUUCCCGCUGCUCCUCGGCGCGAGCCGCAAAGCCUUCCUCGGCAGGCUCAUCCAGGCGCCGGGCGAGCCGGUGCCGGAGCCGAAAGCACGCGUGUAUGCGACGCUUGCCGCGUGCAGCGCCGCGAUCGCGACCGGAUGCGUGGACAUGAUCCGCGUGCACGACGUUGCGCCUGCCGUCGACACGGUGCGCACCGCCGAUGCGAUCGUGCGUCCUAUACAGUCUACCUAG